AUGGCUUGGCACUUUACGCUGGUAAUUCCCUUCCUUCCCUCCCUCACUCACACAUUGCGAGAGGAUGGGAUAAACGGACACUCGCACUCCAGUCGUGCACACGCACACAAGCGCCUUCACGAUCAGCAAGUGAUUAAUCACUCAUCCGUCCCUCAUCCAUCUCCGCUGAUGGAGGGGACCCCUCUAGUCAUAAAUUUCCUUACUCUUGACGACUCUGGCAAUGAGCCCAACGACUCAGGGAAUAAGCCCGAUUACGCUGACAAUGAGCCCGAUGGCCGUGACAAUGAGUCCAGCGACUCUGACAAUGAGCCCGACGAUGCCGACAUUCUACUGUUACAUGACAAUGGUCCCGACGACACUGACAAUGGUCCCGACGACACUGACAAUGGUCCCGACGACACUGACAAUGAGCCAGACGACACUGACAAUGGUCCCGACGACACUGACAAUGAGCCAGACGACACUGACAAUGGUCCCGACGACACUGACAAUGAGCCAGACGACACUGACAAUGGUCCCGACGACACUGACAAUGGUCCCGACGACACUGACAAUGGUCCCGACGACUCUGACAAUGAGCCAGACGACACUGACAAUGGUCCCGACGACACUGACAAUGGUCCCGACGACACUGACAAUGAGCCAGACGACACUGACAAUGGUCCCGACGACACUGACAAUGAGCCAGACGACACUGACAAUGGUCCCGACGACACUGACAAUGAGCCAGACGACACUGACAAUGAGCCCGACGACACUGACAAUGAGCCCGACGACACUGACAAUGAGUCCGACGACACUGACAAUGAGUCCGACGACUCUGGCUGA